AUGGAGGAAGGAAGCGUCCAGGUUCAAAAUAAUAGUGAACCUUACAGUGAAGAAGAACGCCAAGUAAUGGCAUGUGGACAGGUCUUCAUGGCUGAGGAAGACGACCUGCUUGGAGACGACCUGCUGGAAGGAGCUUAUGGGCAAGGCGAUGCUGCGUCUGGAAAGAUCGACUUGGGAGACCCAGCGUCGUUCCCCCCGUUGAUGGGUAGUCGGGCACUAUCUCCUCCUCAUACAGGAAGCGCUGCUACCGUGAUAACAUCCCUAGAGCAUGGAAAACCAGGAGGUGAAGUGCUAUCAGCUUCUUUAGGUGGCGGAGAAAAUAACGAAGGAAGAGCAAGUGUGGAUAAUGGGCUGCGAUGCAUGAACCAGCUGGAUAAUGGACGCUCUGGUCCCAUCAGAAAUGACUCACCUCUCGUAGAUACUGCUCGAACCAAUUUUCAGGGGAGGAAGACAGUGGCUCUGGCGGUGGGUGAUGAUUCUCAUCAUCGACUGCAGCACCACCCAGCUGGUAAUGCAACAGGCCCCCAUUUCGGCAAUGCCCAGGCCUCUGACCAGGCUGUUCCCCGAGCUCCCACCCUCUUCCAGCAAGGCUCAACUUCACAAAGUGCAGCCAAGUCACAUCAGUGGCAGCGCAAUUCACGGACCAUCCAUGCUGUUGCAGGUCGAACGUUGGAAAAGAUGACAGCGCCUAAGAGGUUUAAAGAAAGUGGGCCUUUCCUGCAGCAGGCGCCCACUCAAGCUAUUGGCCCACAGAACCGUGGCCCACGUGGCCCAAGGGCCUUUAAUCACAGGCAGGCUUCGGCCCACCAUCAAGCUAGCUCAUUUAGUGGGCUGGAUCAGCCGCCCUUUGGGCCUGUGCGUGAUCUCUCGCAAAUGGACGCGGGCCAUUCUUCUUCUAGGCAACCAAGCAUGAGUAAUGGGCUGCCUUUCAAGGGAUUUUUAUCCCAGCAAGUGGGCCAACAGAACCGAGGCUCAGCUGGCCCAAAAUCUCAAGGUUUUUUUCAAAGGCAUCGUGCACAAACCCAGCAGGGUUUUGACCCAGUUCAGCCCAAUAACAAGCCUGUUUUGCAUCCCAAAAAAUCAUGGGCCGAAGUCGCGGAUGUUAGGACCCAUCGAUCCCCCACGCGUUUGGAUUUUUUUCCGCCUUCAGGUACGCAAUCCGAAAUCCCUCUUGUUAAAUUACCUAGCGAUGUUAUUGAUGAAUGCACUGAAUAUUGGAUGAAUACGCUGGUUGGAUAUUUUAUUGAAAAGCGAUUACCUUUCCCGGUUGUUCAGAAUAUAGCUAAGCGUUUGUGGCAAAAUUGUGGCCUUUUAGAGGUUCUUUCAAAUAAUAGCGGAUUUUAUUUCUUUCGAUUUGACUCCCAAGAAAGUAUGUUGAGAGUUUUUGACGAGGGUCCCUACCAUUUUGCGGGUCGCCCAUUUAUUAUUAAAUGUUGGGAACCAGGAAUGAAUUUAGCUAAGGACUCCCACUCUUCUAUUCCCUUGUGGAUUAAGAUCCAUAACUUGCCCUUAGAAGGCUGGUCCUUAAAAGGUAUCUCUAUUAUGGCAAGUCAAAUCGGAAGGCCGUUAUAUGCUGACCCCAUGACAGAGGAUAGAUCAAGAUUAGGUUUUGCCAGGGUGUGUGUGGAGGUUAGUGCCUCCUCUAAAUUUCCCAAGUAUAUUGAUAUUGAUCAGGGGUAUGAUGAAGCCACUGGCGAACGUCGUAUUUCUAGACUCCCGAUUGAAUAUCAGUGGAUCCCAUCGAUUUGCUCACAUUGUAAGGUUUUUGGUCACUCCGAUUCCCGAUGUCCAAACAAGCCUAGACCCGACCCUAAUAAUGUUGAAGUUAGUAAGAAAGUCAAUGAGGGAGAUGGCUUUGUGAGAGUGCAAUAUAAGAGGGGCAAGGUCCAAGAUAAGGGUAAGGAAGCAAUCUCAUCAUCUAGGACAAAUCCUCCUGAUUAUGCCUCUAUGACCAUGGCAGAGUGCCUUGAGUUCCAUACCAUCACAGUCCCUUAUGACCCAAAGGAUAUUGAUGCCCAAAUUAAAAACCAAUUUUGUGCUCUUGCAGAAGAAGAUACUAAAUUGUCGCUUGUGGCUCUUUUAGAGACUAGAGUCCAAGAGAGACAUGCUUCGGAUGUCUCUCACAAUGUCAUGCCUUUCUGGAAUUGGGAGUUCAAUUAUGAUAUCUGUGAUGGGGGUCGUAUAUGGAUAGGUUAUGACCCCAACACCCUUAGUGUGCAGACCUUAUUCAAGUCGGACCAGGUUUUUCAUGUUAAAGUGACGAGCUUGGAGAUCCCUACCCCUUUCAUUAUGUCUUGCAUUUAUGCCAGGAAUGAGGAGGUGGACCAAGCCAGAUUAUGGAAUUCCCUCACCGGCAUUGGGGCGUCAAGUUCUUCUGACCCCUGGCUCCUUUUGGGGGAUUUCAACGUGUGUCGCGACGGUUCUGAGAUGAAGGGUGGCAACACCUCUUUCUCCUUGGGUAUGCGUAGGUUUAAUGAUUUCCUCUCCUCAGGCUCGCUCCAGGAUUUGGCCUAUAGUGGCCCUAAGUUGACGUGGACCAAUAAGCGGUUUGGUGAUGAGUGUAUUCUAAGAAAGCUUGACAGAGCUCUGAUUAAUGAUGAUUGGCUUGCCCAUUUUUCAGAAAGUAAAGCUCUCUUCUUCCAGCCAGGGAUUUCUGACCAUAGCCCUGUUGUGGUAGCCUUGUCUGGGGAUCUUCAGCAUAAGGGUAGCCCGUUUAGGUUCCUAAACCACCUUGUAGAUCACCCUCUCUUCUUAGAAAGGGUGGAAGCUAGUUGGAAUAGGUGGAUCCCUGGAGUUCCCAUGUUUCAAGUUGUGCAGAAACUCAAAGUAGUCAAGAAUGCUAUGAAGACCCUCAACAGGUCCAGGGGGCAUGUUUCUGACCGGGUCUCGUCCCUUAGAAAUCACCUUCUUCGUAUCCAACAACGGUUGCAGGAUACUCCCCAUGACCCAGUCCUUCACCAGCAAGAGCUUGAGUUGAAUAGGGAUCUUUUACUAGCUCUUGCUCAAGAGUCUGACCACUUUCGCCUUCGUGCUCGUAUUAGGUGGUCUGCUGAGGGAGAUCGAUGUUCACGAUUCUUCUUCCAAUCUAUGCUCUCUAGGCGUAAUAAUCACCGUAUUAUGAACCUCCUAAGAGAAGAUGGCAACCUCACCAAGUCCAAAGAUGAGGUUGCAGAUGUUUUGGUCUCUUAUUUCCAAAAUCUUUAUAGGCCAAGUUCUCGGAACUCUCCUCUUAGCCCUACUGAUGUGGCCCCCUUCAUAGAUAAGCGUCUGGAUCAUGACCAAUGGACUGGGCUUAUUGCUGAGGUUUCGGCUGAAGAAGUUAAGAUUGCCCUCUUCAGUAUGGGCGAUGAUAAAGCCCCUGGGCCUGAUGGUUUUACAGCCAAAUUCUUCAAAAAGUCUUGGGAGAUUGUGGGGGCGGAUGUAGUUAAGGCUGUUCAAAGCUUUUUUGCCUCCGGUCGCCUCUUGAGUCAGGUUAACGCAACCAUUAUUAGUCUCAUUCCCAAGGUGCCUCAUCCUGAGACGCCAUCCCAAUUUAGGCCUAUAUCGUGUUGUAAUGUCUUGUAUAAAAUCAUAACCAAAAUUUUGGCUAAUAGGAUCAAGCCGGUGCUCUCAGGUUUGGUGGAUGUGUCUCAAGCGGCCUUUGUGCCAGGGCGUUCGAUUGGGGAUAAUGUUCUAUUAGCCCAGGAGUUGGUUUUUCAAUACCAUCUUCACCAGGGGGCCCCCCGUUGUGCUAUGAAAGUCGACCUUGCUAAGGCUUAUGAUACAGUGGAGUGGGACUUCCUCCUGAUGACCCUUCAUUUGAUGAACUUCCCUUCCCAAUUUUGUGGCUGGAUUCGAGAGUGCAUCACGACCCCCCGUUAUUCGAUUAAGAUCAAUGGUCAAUUAAAUGGUUUUUUCCCCGGGGGCAGGGGGUUGAGGCAAGGGGACCCCCUGUCCCCUUACCUCUUUGUUCUAGUUAUGCAAGUCCUGCAAGGUAUUGUCAAGCAUCACUCGAGGGCUUCAGACUUUCAAUACCACUGGAAAUGUGAGCAGACUAAGACAGUGAUGCUCAUGUUCGCUGAUGAUUUGCUCCUGUUCUCUCAUGGCAACCCCUCCUCGGUUAACAUCUUGAAGUCUUGCCUGGAGCGUUUCUCCUCUUUGUCGGGCCUUGUUGCCAAUCCUUCCAAGAGUGAUUGUUUCGUCUCUUGCAAGGACCCAUCCCUUCGUGAAGCUAUUUAUAUUGCCUCUGGAUUUUGGAGAGGGAGUCUGCCUAUGAGAUAUUUGGGGGUUCCUCUUCUCUCUUCUAAGCUCUCCUAUGGAGAUUGUCAGCCCGUCAUUGCUAGAGUGAUCAAAGAGAUUGAGCAACUUACUCGUAACUUUCUCUGGAGUGGUAAUGAGGCGGACUCUCAUAAAGCAAAAGUGGCUUGGUAUGACAUUUGUUGCCCAAAGAGACAGGGUGGCCUUGGCCUUAAGCCUCUCUAUGUUUGGAAUCAAUCCUUGGUAGCCAAGCUUAUUUGGCGCCUGCUGGGUGGGGAUAGAGAAUCCUUAUGGGUGCAGUGGGUGCACACUUAUCGUGUAAAAGGAACUUGUUUUUGGCUUCUCAAGACUCCGUAUGCUUGCCCCUGGUAUUGGAGAAAGCUGCUCCUAUUACGAGGAAUCCUGAAACCUUUUUUCGGAUGGAGAAUUGGGGACGGCUGUAGCACCUUUUUUUGGUAUGAUCAGUGGCACCCAUUGGGCGUGCUCAUUGAUCGCUUCUCUCGUCAAUUACCUCGUCAAUUAGGUAUCCCUAUUUUGGCUAAAGUUUCAGAUUUUAUUGAGGCCGGUGCCUGGACUCGGAUGGAGACCCUUAGUUCCAUAUCUCCUGAUCUCUGUGGGAGCCACCUCCCUAGUCUGCCUUACUCUAGCUGUAGUGAUGAGCCUUAUUGGCUCCCAGCUGCGAAUGGGCUCUUCUCUGUUAGGACGGCCUUCCAAGCUAUUCAAGCUCAGCGCUCCCAGGUUCCCUGGUACCGUUUAGUUUGGUCGUCUGGCGGAUGCCGAGAGACAUAG